CACCAAAUCGUGCGAGAACUCUACUUUCUACAUUUAUUGGCAAAUUUAUCUUCGUCGUCAGCAGUAAUCAGUAGAUCUGUGACUGAACCCUAGUAUUUCAGGGAGAGAUCUAAUCUCUCCAGAUAUCUGUACUUAAUACUCAAUGGCGCUUCAAAGAACGAGAUUGUUUCUGUUCGUUUGCGUUUUAUCUUAUGCGCUUUCUGUUCUUGGAGGGAAAAGCUAUUAUGAUAUUCUGCAAGUCCAAAAAAGCGCUUCGGAUGAACAGAUCAAACGAGCUUAUAGGAAGCUAGCGUUGAAGUAUCACCCUGAUAAGAACCAGGGAAAUGAGGAGGCUAAUAAGAGAUUUGCGGAGAUUAAUAAUGCAUAUGAAGUGCUGUCGGAUCGCGAGAAAAGGAGUAUCUACGAUAGGUAUGGCGAAGAGGGUCUGAAGCAGAACGCAGCCGGUGGCGGCAGGGGUGGAGGGAUGAACAUCCAGGAUAUCUUCAGCUCCUUCUUUGGUGGAGGUCCAGCAGAAGAAGAAGAAGAGAAAAUUGUCAAAGGUGAUGAUGUUAUUAUUGAACUGGAUGCAACAUUGGAAGAUCUGUACAUGGGAGGUUCACUGAAGGUAUGGAGGGAGAAAAAUGUUUUAAAACCAGCCCCUGGUAAGAGGCGAUGUAACUGCAGAAAUGAGGUCUAUCACAAGCAAAUUGGCCCGGGAAUGUUUCAGCAGAUGACAGAGCAGGUCUGUGAGCAAUGUCCAAAUCUGAAAUAUGAAAGAGAGGGGUACUUCAUCACCGUUGAUAUUGAAAAGGGGAUGCAAGAUGGGCAAGAGGUAGUGUUUUAUGAGGAUGGUGAGCCUAUAAUAGAUGGAGAAGCUGGAGAUCUCAAGUUCCGUAUUCGUACUGCACCACAUGAGCGAUUCAGAAGAGACGGCAAUGACCUGCAUACUACUGUUACCAUAGCACUGGUCCAAGCACUAGUUGGAUUUGAAAAGACCAUCAAACACCUGGAUGAACAUCUUGUAGACAUCAGUUCAAAGGGAAUUACGAAGCCCAAAGAAGUGAGAAAAUUCAAAGGUGAAGGGAUGCCAUUGCAUUUUAGUUCAAAAAAAGGGGAUUUAUAUGUUACAUUCGAGGUUUUGUUCCCUACUUCAUUAACGGAAGACCAGAAGACGAAGAUCAAGGCAAUUCUGAGUUAAUCUUAUAGUUCUUUCCGUUUUGAGUCCCAAGAUAUCCCGCAUUGUACAAUUAUGAUCGAGGUCAACCAGAAGCCAAAGGCAGCCGAAGGAUUUAGUCAAUGCUUUAAUCCUUGACACUGCCCUAUUCCCAUGAGGCAGAUUUUGCUCUGAUUUUGACCUUACAUGAAUAGUCUCCCCUCCCCCCCGCCCGCCCCAACCCUCCAAAUUAAUGUAAGAUUCUAACAGAAAAUAGUGUUGAAGAUAUUGAACUCUAAUUUUGUUGUGCAAUUGUUUCUUUUAC